AUGGAUAGGGAACAUCGACGUUGGUUGUCGACAGAUUUGAAGAGACCGAGAGACCCUCUGUCUAACACAGAGGAUCAUGUCCCCUCAUCGUCAGGUGAGUGUGUUGUCAAUGUGUCACUAACAAACCUCUAACUAACAGUGCAGUGUUGGGGCAUACCCGUUAUUAUAAACUUCCUUAUCCUGUCUUAGAGGUCAAUGAUGUUCAGAAGAGGCGUCGCCUGAAGUUGUUGGGCGAGGAGAACGUCAGCCCUGACAAGAAGUCUUCAUCAAGAGACCGCCUCCGCUGUGCAGAGCUAGAGGUGAAGCCAGACACCCCUGCUCUCUGCUCUGUCCGCUCCAGAGUACAGCAACUAACCCAGAGACGUGAGGGUAAGAUAAGAUACGCUGCUGCUACUCUGUUUAUUAAUAUUAUCUAUCCUGAUUGCCUAGUCACUUUUACCCCUACCUACAUGUACAUAUUACCUCAACUGCACAUUGACUAGGUACCAGUACUCCUUGUAUAUAGCCCAAUAAUGUAAAGGAGCCUAACGUUACUCCUUAUAGUCCAAGGACCUUACAUGUUCUGUUUUAAAGGCAAACUGACUCUGGCAGCCAAAACGGCCAAACACUCCAUCUAAACGUGAAUCAAUUCUCAAAUGCGGUACAGUUCUGGAAAUAUAAAUCCCUCUACUUUAAUAUCACUUCAAAUAAUUUCACAAAUGCAAAAUACACAGUUACUAACAGUGGUCUAACAGUUUCAGCUAGCAGUAUUUUUCAGCGACAACAUGUUUGUGGUGUCCGACUUCCGGUUUACACACAGGUGUUCGGAGAUGCACAUAGCUAAUUUGCACAGGUAGUCCACUCUGUCUUGGGCGGCAGGUAGCUUAGUGGUUAAGAGCGUUGUGCCAGUAACCGAAAGGUCGCUGGUUCUAAUCCCCGAGCCGACUAGGUGAAAAAUCUGUCGAUGUGCCCUUGAGCAAGGCACUUAACCCUAAUUGCUCCUGUAAGUCGCUCUGGAUAAGAGCGUCUGCUAAAUGACGUAAAUGUAAAUGUAAAUGUCUUCCGUCUGUUUUCCUGUAAACAUGCGCUGUAACAUGGAAAAUAUGGCCGUGUGGGAACCCUGACCCUAUAAAGGUGUGUAUCAAUUUAACCUUUUGUUCUUUGAAAAUUAUUUCUCGCCGAUAUGAAAGAAAAGGUCCUCAUGCUUCAAAAAUCGUACCGUAAGCGAUGCGUGUUAAUGUUUAGACCGAGCGUCGGGGCUCUUAAAUGUUCCCGUACAGAAGAUGCCUUCGUCCAAUGACUUACGUCAGGGUUCUUCAAUUCCGGUCCUGGAGGGCCGAAACACUUCUGUUUUUUAUUUCUACCUGGUAGUUAAUUGCACUCACCUGGUGUCCCAGGUCUGAAUUAGCCCCUGAUUAGAAGGAGAGGAUGAAAAACAGAGGUGUUUCGGCCCUCCAGGACCGGAAUUGAAGAACCCUGACUUACGUAAUGGAACUGAGUCAUCAUUAUCAAGGACUAUCCCAUGAUCAAGGGCUAUCCUUGUAUAUAGCCUCUUUAUUUAUAUUUAUUGUGUUACUAUUUUCUAUUUUUAUUUAGCUAAUUUUUCGUAAUUUUUAACUCUGCAUUGUUGGGAAAGGGCUCGUUAAGGAAACAUUUCACGGUAAAGUCUACACCUGUUGUAUUUGGCGCAUGUGACAAAUAAAGUUUGAUUUGAUAACUCUCCCUCCUAAAAUAACCAACUUGGAGCUUGUAUACAGUAUCCAUAUAAUUAGAAUAUGAUGGUAUCCAUGCAACACUUAGAUCUGUAGUCAUUGAAAGUCCGUGACCAACAGGGGAUGUUUUGUUUGCAGGGGGGCCUCUACUGGCUCAGAGAUGCCUCUCUGAUCCAGGGUCUGGGGUACCAUCCAUUAUAAUCCAGGAUGGAUUCAAAGAGCACCAUCUUAUUGGUGAGGAUUCUUACACAUUCACCUUAAAGCUUCUUUACACAGUGCCACACUCACUUGCCAAUGUAAAAACUGCAUCAUUAUCAGUCAUUGAAUGUGAGGGAGAACACUUGUCUGCUCUGAGGAGAUUGUUGUAUGAUAGGAGCAUUUGGUCUGUUAUUCAGGUGAGGCAGAAUUCAGCUCACGGGUGGAGCGGUUUAAAGCCCCCACCACCCCUCCGGCCAGCCCUCUGCCAGGCAACCGGUGCCCCCGUACCCUCUCCAACGCCGUUACCAACUUACAGCUUAAACUCGAGGACAGUAAUACGCCCAGCUCCAAGCAAGCCUCCCGUAUACGCCAGGUCUGUGCCACACACACACACACAGUCACACAAACACUCCAGGCAGUGAAGUAAGAUUUUCGACGUGGUUUGUGUGCUCAUCAACUAACUUGUGAACAGCAGGAGCUUAUCUAUAGGUAUGCAAUGCUGAAAUGUUGUUACACAAUUCUUAAGAUUCCUGUGAAGUGUCUGUCUAAAGGCUUCUAUUUGUCUGACCAAUCAGGAAAGGGAGGAGGAGCUGUGUCUCCUAAGGGCCCAGCCAAUCGCAGAGAAUGUCUUCCUAAAGCGAAGCUUCUCUGAUUCCUCACUGGCUGAAGUAAGUUUGGUGUUACCCUCCCCUCUUGUCUGGUCAUGGAAUAUUGUUCUUAAGGGUUAUGUUUGUGGCUCUUUGGUUGAGCUCAAGUACUCGGUUCCUGAUAGAACAAUGGUAUUUGUUGUGAGAUCAUUAGAGGGUGACCCCACCUGUCUCAUCCUCCCCUCGGAUGAUGGUUGGACGUAGCAGGAGACUGCAGUGGCCACCGUUCCAACCAUGGAAUGUGAGUUUACCUAUAUGGACACUGGACUGGGUGUAACUGGUUCUGCGGAGAAACCGGGGUGUCUCGAAAUGUCACAGGUGUCACUGAUAAGGCAUCAUUGUCCUCUCCAAAGUCACUUGAAUGGUAAUUAGGCUUAGGGUUCACCUGGUCCUUCACAUAGUGGCACAGUACCUUUUGUAAUAUAUGUGUGCAUGAGAGGAACAAAGAUGCUUGCUUGUAUUUUGGAGGCCUGAGCUAUUUUAUUUUUGUCCAGCAGGCAGACCUCAAUGUGACUGGUGAUGAGCCUCUCUGGGUGAAGGACGGCAGCUUUACUGAGACUUCUGUCACUGCUAAGAUCCAUGGAGUGGCGCCUCCGAUCCAAGACACUGGUAAGACGCUGCAAGAGGAGAAGUCAAUGUAUUACAGAUAAAGAGCUUGGAGGUAGACACUUUAACAGUAAAAGUUGAGAAAAAUCUAACUGACUAAAAGGAAGAAUCUGAGUUUUGUGCAAAUGUCAGUGUAGAAUAGGGGUGUGAGAUUGUGACUAUUCAACAGGUGAGGUGGCAGUCCUCAGUUUACAACAUGGAUGUCCCACCACACGCGGUGGAGACAAACAUGGCAGAGGAGGCAGAGUGCACUCUGGACAUUUGUCAGAAAAACGACAUGAGGCAGCAGAGGGUCCUGUAGUGAAAGAGCAGGGCAAGGCAGAGUAUUCUGCUAGUAACAAGCAGGAGGAAAGGGGUUCACUCCUUAGUGAGAAGCAGAGGGGGGUGAAGUUUUAUAUAGGUGAACAGUCGGAUGCUGAGUGCCAUUCCCUUUUAGAUGAUAAGCAGGUAGCAAUGGAGUCAGGAGGAGGUAGGGUCCACGAUAGAGGAAGAGAAGGGAAAGAUGAGAUCCCCACUAGAGGAGGAGAAGAGGGAUAUGAGGUCUUCUGUAGUUGAAGAGGUGGGGUACUUUGUAGGUGAAGAGCAGAAGAAAGUGGGGUCCCUGCUAGAGGAGAAGGUUGGGUUCCCAUUAUGUCAGGAGCAGGAGGAGAUGGAAUCUUCUGGAGUUGAAGAACAAGGGAAGGCAGAAAGUCUUGUAGAUGAGGUCCAGGGUGUGGCGUCUGCCGAAGGUGAACGCCAAGGGGAGGGGGAUUCUGUUUUGGGUCAAGAGCAGGGAUUAACCACAAACUCAUCAGCUCCAUCAGACAGAGAACAGGAAGACUCUGAGCUGCUUAGAGAUGAGGAACAGACUUGUGAACUGCAGUCAGAGGCAAGAGAGCUAAAGAAAGUCACCUUUACCCUGGAGCCAGAAAUGAUCAGUGACUCGGCCCUGUGUGAGCUGGACUCCUCAUCUAGCUGGAGAAGAGCGAGUAUGUCAGGUGAGACAAAUGUGGUCUAGGGCUGUUGGCACAAGUUGGUGAGGUGAGAAAUAAACAAGUUGGGUUACUUACUGUGCCUUUAGAAAGUAUUCAUACCCCUUGACUUAUUCCACAUUUUGUUGUUACAGCCUGAAUUCAAAGCGGAUUAAAAAUUGUUCUCUUUUUUUUCUCACCCAUCUACACACACAUCAUGACAAAGUAAGAUCAUGUUUUUAGACAUUUUUGCACAUGAUCGAAAAUUAAAUACAGAAAUAUAUAAUUUACAUAAGUAUUCACACCCCUGAAUCAAUACUUUGUAGAAGCACCUUUGGCAGCGAUUACAGCUAUGAGUCUUUCUGGGUGAGUCUAAGAGCUUUCCACACCUGGAUUGCGCAACAUUUGCACAUUAUUAUUUUCAAAAUUCUUAAUGCUCUGUCAAAUUGGUUGUUAAUCAUUGCUAGACAAUCAUUUUCAGGUCUUGCCAUAGAUUUUUAAGUAGAUUUAAGUCUAAACUGUAACUCGGCCACUCAGGAAUAUUCACUGUUUCUUGGUAAGCAACUCCAGUGUAGAUUUGGCCUUGUGCUUUAGGUUAUCGUCCUGCUGAAAGGUGAAUCCAUCUCCCAGUGUCUGGUGGAAAGCAGACUGAACCUGGUUUUCCUCUAGGAUUUUGCCUGUGCUUCACUCCAUUCCGUUUCUUUUUUAUCCAGAUAAACUCCCCAGUCCUUAACGAUUACAAGCAUACCCAUAACAUGAUGCAGCCACCACUAUGCUUGAAAAUAUGGAGAGUGGUACUCAGUAAUAUGUUGUAUCAUAUUUGCCCCAAACAUAACACAUUGUAUUCAGGACAAAAAGUGAAUCGCUUUACCACAUUUCUUUGCAGUAUUACUUGAGUGCCUUGUUGCAAACAGGAUGUAUGUUUUGGAAUAUUUUUAUUCUGUACAGUCUUCCUUCUGUUCACUCCGUCAAUUAGGUUAGUAUUGUGGAGUAACUACAAUGUUAUUGAUCCAUCCUCAGUUUUCUCCUAUCACAGCCAUUAAACUCUGUAACUGUUUUAGUCACCAUUGGCCUCAUGGUGAAAUCUCUUAGCGGUUUCCUUCCUCUCCGCCAACUGAGUUAGGAAGGACGCCUGUAUCUUUGUAGUGCCUGGGUGUAUUGAUACACAAUCCAAAGUGUAAUUAAUAACUUAACCAUGCUCAAAGGGAUAUUCAAUGUCUGCUUUUCUUAUUUUACCCAUCUACAAAUAGGUGCCCUUCUUUGCAAGGCAUUGGAAAACCUCCCUGGUCUUUUUGGUUGAAUCUGUGUUUGAAAUUCACUGCUCGACUGACGGACCUUACAGAUGGUGCCUUCGGAAAGUAUUCAGACCCCUUGACUUUUUCCACAUUUUUUAAUGUUACAGCCUUAUUCUAAAAGUUCAUUUUUAUGUAGAAUCCUCAGCAGUCUACACACAAUACCCCAUAAUGACAAAGCAAAAACAGUUUUUUAGAAAUUAUUGCAAAUCUAUUAAAAAUACAAAAUAGAAAUACCUUAUUUACAUAAGUAUUCAGACACUUUGCUAUGAGACUCAAAAUUGCGCUCCGGUACAUCCUGUUUCCAUUGAUCAUCCUUGAGAUGUUUCUACAACUUGAUUGGAGUCCACAUGUGGAAAAUUCAAUUGACUGGACAUGAUUUGGAAAGGCACACACCUGUCUAUAUAAGGUCCCACAGUUGACAGUGCAUGUCAGAGCAAAAACCAAGCCAUGAGGUCGAAGGAAUUGUCUGUAGAGCUCCGAGACGACAGGAUUGUGUCGAGGCACAGAUCUGGGGAAUGGUACCAAAAAAUCUCAGCAGCAUUGAAGGUCCCCAAGAACACAGUGGCCUCCAUCAUUCUUAAAUGGAAGAAGUUUGGAACCACCAAGACUCUUCCUAGAGCUGGCUGCCCAGCCAAACUGAGCAAUCGGGGGAGAAGGGCCUUGGUAAAGGAGGUGACGAAGAACCCAAUGGUCACUCUGACAGAGCUCUAGAGUUCCUCUGAGGAGAUGGGAGAACCUUCCAGAAGGACAACCAUCUCUGCAGCACUCCACCAAUCAGGCCUUUAUGGUAGAGUGGCCAGAUGGAAGCCACUCCUCAGUAAAAGGCACAUGACAGCCCGCUUGGAGUUUGCCAAAAGGAACCUAAAGUCUCUCAGACCAUGAGAAACAAGAUUCUCUGGUCUGAUGAAACCAAGAUUGAACUCUUUGGCCUGAAUGCCAAGCGUCACGUCUGGAGGAAACCUGGCACCAUCCUUACGGUGAAGCAUGGGGGUGGCAGCAUCAUGCUGUGGGGGUGUUUUUCAGCGGCAGGGACUGGGAGACUAGUCAGGAUCGAGGCAAAGAUGAACGGAGGAAAGUACAGAGGUCCUUGAUGAAAACCUGCUCCAGGGUGCUCAGGACCUCAGACUGGGGCGACGGUUCACCUUCCAACAGGACAACGCAGGAGUGGCUUCGGGACAAGUCUCUGAAUGUCCUUGAGUGGCCCAGCCAGAGCCCGGACUUGAACCCGAUCGAACAUCUCUGGAGAGACCUGAAAAUAGCUGUGCAGCAACGCUCCACAUCCAACCUGACAGAGCUUGAGAGGAUCUGCAAAGAAAAAUGGGAGAAACUCCCCAAAUACAGGUGUGCCAAGCUUGUAGCGUCAUAUCCAAGAAGACUUGAGGCUGUAAUUGCUGCCAAAGGUACUUCAACAAAGUACUAAGUAAAGGGUCUGAAUACUUACGUAAAUGUGAUAUUUCUGUUUAGCAAAAAUUUCUAAAUCUGUUUUUGCUUUGUCACUAUAGGGGUAUUGUGUGUAGAUUGGGGGGGGGGGAAACUAUUUAAUCAAUUUUAGAAUAAGGCUGUAACGUUAAAAAAAAUUGGGAAAUGUCAAGGGGUCUGAAUACUUUCCGAAGGCACUGUAGUUGUGUGUGUGUGUGUGUGGGGGGUACAGAGAUGAGGUAAAAACUAUCGCACAUAGUGAGUCCAUGCUACUUAUGUGACUGGUUAAGCACAUUUUUAGGCUUGCCAUAAAAGGGGUUGAGUACCAAUUGACUCGAGACAUUUCAGCUUUAAAUGUAUUAAUUCGUAAGAAUUUAGAAAAACAAAAUUCCACUUUGACAUUAUGGGGUAUUGUGUGUAUGCCAGUGACACACAAUCUCAAUUAAACCAUUUUAAAUUCAGGCUGUAACACAACACAGUGUGGAAAAAGUCAAGGGGUGUGAAUACUUUCUGAAGGCACUAUACAUGCAGUCGCUUACACACCUGGGUUAUAAAUAUAUUGGUAAUAUCUUACUGUCUGCAGUGCGCACCAUUCUAAACAAUGGGUUCAAUGGGUCACUGCCACCACCUCACACCCUUAUCAUUUUUUUUUUUUUUUUUACACUAUGAACAGCCAAAUGAUGAGCCAUUUGAAAUAUUUGUUACAAGUUGGGAAAACCAGGUCACAGACAUACUAGAGCAAUAGUUUGCCUGAAUGUUAACUUACUGCAUAUGGGGAUUUAUCCACAGAGGCUGAGCUGAGCUCUCCAGAUGAAACCAACACUGCUGAGACGAUUGACCUGAUGUUUGAGGAUGUGGUGGAGGCUGCUGCCCAGGGAAGGAUGGAAGAGGAGGAGGGCACUGAGGAUCACGACAGUGGCAUAGCCACAGUGAUGUGCAGAAAGGAGAAAACGGACACCGAGUUGGACAAGGCGAAAGCUGAGGAGGGUGAAGACCUGGAAGAGACCAGGGAACUGGACUCCAGUGCAGAUGAGCUGCUGACCCUCCCACCCAGCUGCAUCCUCUCUCCUCUCAGCAAGUCUGUGGAAGCUGUGGUCACCCCUAUGGUAAGGCUCUGCAGACAGACAGAGGGCGCCAUGGUCACCUUCUUCAAUGUGAUUCUGAAAGUGUUACCCUGCGGUUUCAAAGUUUUGAAUGUUUUACACAUCCAAAUGGACAUUUAAGUGUUUGAUAUCCCCGCAGAGACUUGCAGCCAGUCAGCCAGCCAACCUUCCAUCUCUGAGUCCUGAAGAGCUGACCACUCCCCCUGCCGACAGUUCCCCUCUCUACAGGUGAGUCAUCAUGUCCUCUACACCAGGGUUUCCCAAACUCUGUCCUGGGGUCCCUGCUGGGUUCACGUUUUGGUUUUUGCCUUAGCACUACACACCUGAUUCAAAUCAAAGGUUGAUGAUGAGUUGGUUAUUUGAAUCAGCUGUGUGGUGCUAAGGCAAAAAACUAAACGUGCACCCGGGGGUCAGGGUCGGUUGGUUAACGAGUGAAAUUGGAAAAAUUAAUUGACUAUAAAAAUCUUUAGAAAGAUAUGAUUGGCUUGUGAUUUAUACCUGUAAUUGAUGACUCCAAAGUGUUUUGUGAUUGAUUGAUUGACAGCAUCGAUGCCUACCGUACCCAGAGACGGAGCACCAAGCCAGCCAUUCAGAGUGUAACCCCAGGGGUGCAAAGGCGUGCCGCUGAGAAGUCCCGCCCCCAGCACGCUGUCAACACCAAGGACAGGAUCAUGGUCUGUAGUACGACUUGGAGCGGUUGAGUCUAGUGUGUGUCUUCUGUGUCAUGGAGCGUGAAUACCUGUGUAGCAUAUCAUCCAAAACAUUCCUUUAUGUGAAGGCAUUGACAAAUGUACCACAUGGAUAACAUAACUAUGCCUCUGACACUGUGUAAAGAAAGAGUAUUUAAAUGAGUAUGGCUGGGUGGCAUGAAUAUCCUGUCCUCCUGUGAUUGGUCAGGUUCUGAAUGAGGAGGCUGCCAAGCUGCAGACGGUCAUCAAUCAGACGUUGCAGGCCCUGAGCUGCUGCACUGACGAGGACCACGGCAGGGGUUCCCUGGAGGAGGCAGAGGCUGAGAAACUACUGCUUGUCUCCUGUGAGUCUCCAGUGGUCAUAUCCCCCUUCUAGCGCCAUGAUUACAGUUUUCCCGUCUGCGGAGUUAGUUUCUACACAAACUCAUCUCUAUCCCUGUCCUAUGGUUAUUCCUCUCCUUUCCCUGCCAUAUCCUUCUGUUCUGGAGUGUAUGAUGAACCUCUUGAUUUGUCUCCAUUGUAUUAUCAUCUGACUGUGUCCCCUCUGUCACACUCUGUGUCAGGUGAGAAGCGGGCAGCCCUGCUGGCUGAGGUGACCAGGCUGAGGGAGAGGGGGAGCUCAGUCUCAGAGGAGCUAGAGGGGGGUGAUGGUGAGGGGGACUCCAGAAUGUCCCAGAAGCCCUGCAGGGGCACACUCCACAUCAACAGUGUCCAGCUCCCUCUCAAGGUGGAGUUUAUCUGCUCAGCCCGCACACGAACAGGUACCUACCAUCCGAGAGGCUAUGCAUGUUGUCACCUUUAUAGUGUGAAGUUUAUUUUGCAUAUUUUAUUUGGAAUCAUUUACUCUUCUGCUGCCAGCUGCAGAGAUUAGUUGCUUGCCUGCUCAUUUAGGUUAAAAUGCACAAAACAGUAUAGUACAAUUGAUGGUCAGCUCAAGACACAUUUGAAACCAUACCAGAUGAUUAAAGAACAACUCUCCUGAAUAUUUCUCUCCUCCCUAAAGGUCGCCCCACUCAUUAUUUCUUUGUCCUGAUUCGCUAUGGACACUGCAACAUUGUUGCGACCCCAUUGGCCACUGCAGCGGACGCCCAGAAUGGAGACACCAUCUCCUUCCCCACCUCCAUCACCCUGUGAGUCCCGCCACUGGUUCCACAUAUGGAGGAAGUUAGUUCAUUAGGAGUAAAGGUGAAAACUCGAUUGUCGGUCUAUACAGUAGGGGGCUGUUUGUUCGCCAUUCGCUUGCUGUCGGCGCGUGUGUUAUAGGGACCACCCGCCAUUUCUACAUGUAGAAUCAGGUUGCAUUACGUCCGGCACUGUUCAGAGGUGCCAAGUACUCUCGGCCGGCAAUCCUACUGGUCUGUCCGUGCCUUGAAGGAGAUGCUUAUGUAAUGUCUACUGUGUUACUGCUGAAAUGGCUGUCACCCCUCGUCUGUCCAAGUCUUUCUGUGACUUACUGAUUCUGUACUAUGUCCCUUCAGGCAGGACAUUCGCUCUAACUUUGAGAUUGAUGUGGAGGUCUACAGCCUGGUGAGAUGGAACAUAUUACUGUAUGUCUCACCGAAAACAGAUGUAUUAGUAAAUAUCUUUACAAUAGAGGGUCAAUGAUGAGAAAUGUGUUAACAAUUUGUAUGUAUUAUUUACAAACUCUUCUAUUACUCAGUCCCACACCUCAGGGAACAUCUGCAAUGUGGAUCUCCGCAGCUCCUCCAGGUCAAGGGUGAGUGAGCCAAUCUUCUGACUAAGAAAUGCUGUCCAGUGUUCUAUGGAUUACAAUGAAGUAUACAUGUGAGUGUUCUGCACAAAAGCUCAUUUUUGAUCUUACUUGUUCUUCUUUAAGGUCACCCCAAGGAAGCUUCUAAGCACCAUCAAGGUGAGUGAUCGGCUUUCUUAUCUGCCUAGUACUUGAAAUGUCCCACUCACUGUAUGUAUUUGUAUGAACCUUUUAAAUGGAAUAAUGUAUAUGUUAGGACACUGUAUUGAUCUCAGAUAUCAGAGAAGACAUAUUUAAGAGUGCAGUAAGGCACACAGGCAUUUCAUGUGUAACAGAGAGAUGGAUAGGCAGCAACCCCUUUUCCUUAACUGUUACACGUUUCUCAUCUGAACUUUUUCUCGUUGCUUUUCAACAGAGAUCCAACCACAGUGUGACAUGUAAGUAUUAUUGUCCUGGUUGCAUAUUAUCUGAAGAUAACAUUAAUCCUGAAUGGUGGCAGUUUUUGAUUGGAUCGAAUCAACCGCCCACAGCUUCUAUCAUGCCGGCCCUGAACACCCGGCGCACCAGCCAUUUCUCUCUGGUUGGUUCUCACAAGAUCUCCCUGGCCUCCCUGGGCCAGAGCAAGUUCCCCCUGGACAAGGUAGGCUCACCUCACCUGGCUGCACACACAGUCACACCUGCUGCAGUGCUCCAGCCUGGAUGAUUGUGUAUCAGAUAUUUUUACUGUACCUGCAGUGUGGGAAGAUGUGGGCAUGUAUGUGUUUUUUUUUUAUUUUUUUUGUCACUCCAUUCCAUGGUUUUAUCUUGCAUCCUUUUGAUUUUGAACCACCUGAUUGCCAGCUUGUUUCACUCUGUCACUUGAGGAUGUGGGUUACCAUUUGGUUCAAUCUAUAUCAUGUCACAUUUCAGAUUUUUCCACCCGUAAUUCUUUCAGUUGCGAUAUACAGAUCGGAUGGUCGUCAUUUUCUCACAUUACUUUUGUUUGUUUUUGGUGUAAAGUUUUCCAGAGUCUGGGUGAGGUCACUAGUGAUGUAACCUUUACCCCUCACUGUGGUGUGUCUCUCUCCACUUGUGCACAGAUGAAGUUUGAAGGCAAAAUCAGGAGACUCCUGGGAGAUGAGUUUCAGGAAAAGGUUUAGCUCUCUCACUCACGUUUCCCACUCACUUUUACGCCACCUUUUCUCUUUGCUUCUCCAUUUGACUUAUUUCAUGCCUCUGAGUAUGUGGCCAGCAAAACUGGUAUCAAGAACCAAUAAUUAGUUUUAACUACACUGGCUUCAAUAUCAGUGAUGGCGUACUCUAUAGGUAGAUGAAAAUGUGUAGAAAUAAAUGUAUGUUCAAAUGACUGUAUUUUGCUCUAUCAUUGCAUAUUGCUUUCUACUGCAUGUUUUGUUUACCUCCCUAGCUAGAUUAACUAUUACAAGCAGCACAACCCUGGCAUCCAUGUCAUGAUAGUUCCCCCUCCUCUCUGUGCAGGUACCCUUCCUAUCUCCACUAGAGGGAAACAUCUACCUGCGACUGGACAGCGAUAGCCACUCUAACGUCCAGCACCAGGGCUUCCUUGUGAGUUACUGUUUUGUUUCAACCCAAGUCAUUGGGAUCUCUGUCCUUUUCCUGUCCUAUAUACUUUCUUUACUGUGUUUCAUCCUCCGCCCACCCCUUCUUUCUCCCUUCUCCUUCCAUUCAGACCAUGUUUGAGGUGGUGAAUGAAUUUGGAGCUUGGCAUCGACGCUUCUUUGUCCUGGAGGGAAACCACAUGUCCUAUUGGAACCACCCCAAUGACAGGGGCAGCAAGGUGGGCAUUGAAUUGACAGAGAUGACUAUGGACUGGAGCUCUUGGUUCUAUUUCUCGUAAACCAAGUUACACCCUGACUUGAUAUUUCUUAAGGUCAUUGAACUCUAAAAACAUUCCCUGUCUGUUAUGCUUACAGGUAGCAGAAGGCAGCAUCUCUCUGUCUAGUUCUUCUAGUCAGAGUGUGAAGCCAGUGAAGAGGGACUCCUGUGCUCGCCCUUAUACUUUUGAACUGGUCAGCGGCAUCCAGACUGCACAACAGGAUGACCAGAGCGCUCUGGCCAAGUAAGAUGAUAAUAUUUUUAUAGUUGUCUAGUAUGAACUGUAAAGUAACAACUUUACUCACCUAUGAUACAAGCAAAUUACAUUUCCUUGACAACAGGUGGUCAUGAAUGUCUUCAAUAGGAAUGUUUUGUGGAUGAUGGAUACUGCUAAAGUAAGCCUGUCUGUGUAUCUCCUAGACGGUGGUCUAGCUUCAUAGAUCUUACAUUACAUUUCAGUAUUCUCAUUAAGUGUUGAACCCAAUCUCUGUUCCAUGAUCUCUCUGUUCUUCAGGUGCUGGUUCGCAGCAGAUACGCGGGAGGAUCGAGGGGACUGGAUGGAGAAGCUGAACCAGGUUCUCCUGGACCUGCAUACCUGGACUCGCCAAGCCCUGAACCAUGCUGGAGCACAGCCUAACACUCAGGCCAGCAGUGGGAACAUAAGGGAGAGCAGUUUGUAACGCACUAUUAUAUAAUGCUAUCUAUCUCUCUUCAUCUCUCUCGCUCUCGGUAAUAUUAGUGUCCUAGUAGGACCCUAAAGGGACAUGAUGAAUGUAGCUGCUGUCUGUAGACUCUGUAGUUAACCUACCUAUUUACUGUCAUUCUCUUUUUGUAUGUGGAUGUUAUCAGCUAUCUGUCAACAUUCUUAUAUGCACUUGAUUGAUGAAGGUACUACAAGUAAAUAAUAACAAUAAUAGUGUACACUAUCUGAUUAAUUUGUUUUGAGUCCCUGCAGUUUGCGUGGCAUUUUCUUGUCAUAUAUAUAUAGAAUCUCUUUAUGAAUUCUUAUGAUUACCAUUGGGAGGUUCUUUUAUAUGUGGUGAUAUUUUUGCCUUACCUUGGAUUUGUCACUUUGAAUAGCUCUUUGAAAUAGAGCUCCAUCUUGUGGCCUAUAAGCAUUAUAUACUAUUUAACUGAACUUGAUGUGGAUAAUUGAAUAAAUCCAUAUAAUCUAGAAACACAACUGAAUAAGUAUCAAAGCUAGUGCAGAAGAGCCCUAACACUAAACGGAUGAUUAGUCCAAUAGUGUAGUUGUAAUUCUGAUAAGCCUACAAAGACCGACAUGUCUACUGGACAAAAUUAUUUCAGUACUACAGCAUUGCUGUAAUACCCUCUAAAGUGUAGAAAUAUGUCUCUCAGAAAUAAUAUAGUCUACCUAAAAAAACGAAAAACCUACCUAUUCUAAAAACUCAUUAAUUUAGUGAUUCAAGUAGAAUUGCAGUGCAAGUUGAGUUAUAGUAUUGUACUUGACAAACUGAGGUAUCUGCUAUGAGGUUGAAAAUACUGACCAUUCAUUAGUUACAUUCUUUGUGUUCCUUCAUUCAAAAUCUAGUGCUGUGUUGUGCAAAACACAACAGGGGCCAGACCACAAAGAUGGUAGCUACCCAGGCAAGGCAAAGGAGAGUAUAGAAUGAUGUUUAGCUGAAGGAGAUGUUCCGUAUAAUAUUUGCCUCAUCUGACGAAGAUAAAUCCUAGUAGGACCCUAAAGGGACAUGAGGAAUGUAGCUGCUGUCUGAAGACUCUGUAGUUAACCUACCCCCCCUCCUCCCCUCCCCUGAUGUAUUUACUGUCAAUUUGUCAUUCUCUUUUUGUAUGUGGAUGUUAUCAGCUAUCUGUCAACAUUCUUAUAUGCACUUGAUUGAU